AUGGCCGCCAUUGACAGCAUCCACCAAACAAUCACUGACGCGAAAGACAGAGUCAUGGGUGCCAAUGCUCCACAAUCGGGCGAAGAACCGCCCUCAGGCAUCCAAGGCAAAGGGACACUGGAUCAACCGUACGAUCAAGGAAACGCACCAGAGAAUGUUGCUGUCCGAUCAGACCAAGAACCUCUUUCAGGCGUGCAGGGCAAAGGCACUGCGACCGAGCCAUACGAUCAGGGGAACGCAGCAGAGAACACUCCCUCUUCGCAGCCGACGAAUACCUCACCCUCAAGCGCUUUGACAGCGCCGAAGACUGCCUCGACUAAAGCUGCUGACGCACAGACCAACCCAUCGAGUGCUCCAGCAAGACGCCGUGCUUCCGAGCGCGAUGUGAGCCCCGGCACAUUACCGGAUGGCUCUCACGCACAAACAAGUGGUGAUCGUGGAGAGAGCUACGAGCCAGCCAAAGGGCUCCAGAGGCUCAAGGGCAAGCUGGGUCUUGGAAAGCAUUAA